UAUGCCGCGUGCCAGUCGAACGCCUUCAUGAAGGGCCUUUUCACCUUUGUCACAGGCACCUCUGGGACAUUCGGCUUGCAAAUGUUCAUCCAGAAGAAGUUACCAUACCCUGUGCAGUGGAGCUUCCUGGUGGCUGCUGAUCAUCACAGUUAAGAGAGCUCCGGCCACUGGAUAGUAGAGGAUUUGGUGCAGUGGGAGUCCGGGAACACAGACCUCAGGUCCCACUAACUCCAGGCUGGUCCUCCCUGCUUCACCCAGGGCCUCCCCAAACCUUUGAGAGUUGUCUGUCCUCUGCACAUGUGCAUGGCCAGGCCUGACAAAACUGUGAAAACACUGCUACAGGAAACCCAGGACCUGCCCAGGACACCAUCUCACAAAGAGCCGUGGGGAGAGGCCCUGUUCCUCCAAGGCAGUGAGAAGCCAGGUCAGUGCUGUCAACCAGAGAGGGUCAUGUCCUGUUGCAGACAACUGUGGGGACAGAAGACUGCAUGUGGUGAAAGAUAUCCGUGUACUUUCCCUGACCCCUGCACCCCAAAUCCAAGUGGACAGCGGGUAUUGGAGACAUGGGGCUAAUAAAUAGUUUGUCUGUUUUCCCAGCUGAAAUCUAAAGCAUUAACAAACAAGGCAGGGCGUAAGAAGACUUGACCAAACACUUGCGUGGUUGCACAGCUGACACAUGCAGAAGUUCCUAAUACAGAGCCCAGAACUGGACAUUCCUACCAGCCCUGCAGGCUUUGUAGGACCACCGAGGCCUCUCCUCAUGGAGAACUACAGCUAUACAAUAUGGCCAGAGGAUUGAACAGAGGUAGGGGCAAGUUCAUAGGUCACGCCCACCUGCUUGGCAUCAGUGGAACCCACUUUCCAUGGAGGAGGAAGCAGAGCUUUCUCCAUAAAAAGUGUUGGGGGGGGGGUCAGACCACCCACACCAACCAGCCCUGUAAGAAGAACAACAAUGGUCCCAACCUUAGCAUCCCAGAAGCACAAAGGCUCAGCCCCAGCCAGUCCUUAUACCUCCACCAAGAUCGUUGAUCAGAAGGGUGUCUAUAAAGACCUGAUGUGCUCUCAAAGCUGGUGGGCAGGCAGAAUGGAAGACAGCCUCCUCCCCCAACCCAUAGCAGAAGGUUGAGUAGGCUAGUUUUCAUAUAAAAAUCCAGGGGGUGGUAUAUCAGUGUGUACACUGUUGCUAACAAGACACCACAGACUUGAGUGGGUUAUAAGAAAAGACAUUCAUUUUUAGCCUGUGGUUCUGGAGGCUCAAGGCCCAGGGGCCACAUCUGGUGAUGGCUGUCUAUCUGGCAGAGCACAGAAGAAUCACAGGUCAUCACACAGACAGAGAUAGAGCACACAUGUCUCUCUUUUCUAUAAAUCUCUCAGGAUUUGAUCAUGGUGGCUUCACCCUGGCAAUUUAAAUUCUAACCACCUCUCAGAAACCCUACCUUGAAACAUCACAGUCCUAUUUUCUACCCUCUCAAUACCUCACAAUGGGGGUUAAACUCCAGCAGGAGUUUUGGAAGACAAACCAUCUCCAAACACUGGCAGGAGGUCAGGGAUGUACUAGGGUCAGGGACCAGGCUCCCUUCAUCUGCCCCCUGCUGUAAUGGCUCCCACUUCCAAAUCUAGCUCAUCGGUCCAAGUGGCUCCACCAACUCCAGCCAUUGUGUCUUCAUUCCAUUUAGCAGAAAGGGGGAGGAGGACAGACCACCCACCACUUCUGCUUACACACCACUGGCCAGAACUAAGUCACAUGGUACAUCUACACCCAGGAAGGAAACCUUGUCCUGGUCAAACAUGUAUCCCACUAAAAUCCAGGGAUUCUGAGAGAAAGGGAAGAGCCAAUAUUGGGGGAUAUAAGUUGACUCUGCCUCAGCUGGACACCAAGCUGGGCCACCAAAAACUAGGGAGGUGAGCAAGCCAUGGCCAUGCAGGUCCCUCCAGCCCUCUAAGGAUGAGGUCUGGGCCAGAAGGAAGGUAAGGUGUGAAUAGAGUUUAGACUGGACGUUGGUGGGGAAAGUGAUCGAAAGGUAAGGGAUCUGUGUGAGAGGUCACAGGAAAAUGAGCUCUAAUAUGUCCAUGUGGUCUAAUUGCACCCCCCAAAAUUCAUACACUGAAGUCCUAAGCCACAAGGACCUCAGAAAGUAAAUAUUGGAAGUAGGCCCUUUAACGAGAUGAUUAGGGCUUAAUAACACUAUCGGGGGUGUUAAUCCGAUCUUGCUGGUAUCCUUAUAAAAUGAAGAGAUUAGGACACACCCUGGCACAGAGGGACAUGAACAUGAGGUCACAGGAGAAGAGAGCAUCCACAGUCAAGGAGAAAGGCAACAGAGGAACCAGCCAUGCACCACCCUGACCCAGCUUUCUACUCUUCGACUGAAGAACAAAUGCCUAAGUAGUAAGCUGGUGCAGACUCAUGCAGACUAGUUUGUGGAAAGUGUUCCAUCUCUUAUACCCCAUGGUGACCUAGGCUGCUGAGUGCUCCUGACACACUGUUCUAAGGGAAGGGGUAGUGUGAGGAGCUGUGGACCUACCACUACUGAGUAAUUUGUGAACCAAGGCCCAGGGAGGUGAGGGAGACAGGGAUCAAGCAGGCUGGGCACCAGGCAGGCCAACUGUGUUGAGAAGCUAUGAGAGAUGGGCAGAAGCUGAGAUUGGGUCCCAGGUCACCCAGGGCCUGGGCUUGAACUGGGAGUAUGGGUGAGGGACAAAAGUCUUGCCAAGCAAGUGACCAGUGGUGUUAGGUAUGGGAGGCUCAUUCCAACUGCUUUGUGAGCCUAAGGGCAGAGGAGGGGACACAGAGGUGCAGAGGUAUGGGGUGAGCAUUGUGCUAAACCAUCCCCAAUCGACCAUCACUACCCAGAGGUCUCUGGUGCCCUGCAAAGCUCCUUAACAGUAAGAGGCUUCCCUAAGACUCCUUUCCCUUAGGCAAGCACCCAGAGGUGAGUCUAAAGCUAGAAUUCCAGAAAGCCAAAGUUCCAGGGUUCCCUGGGCAUUGAGAACCUUGGUCCCCAUCACAGUGGUUUAAAAUUCCAGGGACAAUCUGAACCUAGGCUCAGUUGAGCAGCCAACUUCCCAGAGAGGGUGGGAGGCUCAGAGGUCCCCUGGAGGACUUUUAGGGCCACCAUGAAGGUGCACAAUGAGGCAGCUGUGGAAGCACAGAUACAUGAGCUAAGGACCAUCACUCGGCUCCAGGAGCAAUGUCGGGCACUUCAGAUCCAGGGCGUGAAGGAGAAGAAAGCGCAGAACAAGGCUACGCUAAGCCUCCUGCGCAGCAACGUCCGCCGUGGGGCACAGGGCUGGGCUUUGGCCCAGAAGUACGACCAAUGGACCAUCUCCAAGGCCUGCGCAAAGGACGCGUCCGUAAGGCUGGCACACUGCCGAUCGAUGGAGGUGGCUCGGGAGAAGCUGCGCAAGUACGUCUUCGACCGCGUGAAUGCGCACAACGUGCUGAUCCACCUGGCACGGCUGCGCGGACAGAAGCUUGAGAGCCUGCGGCAGGAGCUGACCAGCCUGCAGAGCCAGCCCGAGGCCACCAAGGACGAGCUGCGGCAGCAGCAGAUUAUCCGCCAGCUGGAGAACAACAUCGAAAAGACCACAAUCAAGAUCACCACCAGCCAGAACAUCCACACACUAUACACAGAACUCUUGGACUACUUGAAGAAGGUACUGGCGGAAUACCCCACAGAGCUAGACAAGCUCCAGACCCUGGUGGACAACUACUGCUCAGAGCUGUCAGAUAUGACAGUCAUGUCCCAAGAAGCAAUGAUGAUUACUGAUGAGGUCAAGAGGAACAUGAGAGAAGGGGAAGCCACCUUCAUCGAGGAGCGCAGGGCACGGGAGAACCGACUGAACCAGCAGAAGAAGCUUAUCCACACCAAGGAGACCAGCGAGAAAUACCGCCGGAGCCUGAGGGACUUGGAUUUCCCCUCCAAUCUGUUGAGUGUGGAGUCCCUGAGGGUGAGGAAAAGAGAAGCUUCCACAGCAGAUAUGGAAUAUCAGACGGAAGUGACUGCUUUGGUGGAGAGGGUCAAAUCUGCUGUGCAGUGUUCCCAUUUUUGUGACAUAGCUGGCCGCUUCCUGGCUCAGAAGAACACGGAGGAGAACCUGGAGCUGCAGAUGGAGGACUGUGAGAAGCAGCGGGCACAGCUGGAGGCCCUGAUGAAGAAGCUCGAGCUUGAGGAAACGCUGCUUAAGUUCCACCAGACGCCCAGCUCUGUUGGCUUUAACUCUAUAGAGAAGAUGAAGACUAUGCUGGAAGAGGAAGAAGCAAGGCUCCAGCUGGCCCACAGCAACAUGAACAAGAGCCAGCAGCUGCUUCUGAUCAUCCAGACAGGCAUUGACAACCUCUACAUCCGGCUCAUGGGCAUCACCUUGCCAGCCACCCAGAAAGAAGUAGUCAUCUCAGACACCCUUGAUGUGCACGGCAAGCUGGACUAUUGCGAGGGGAAGCUUACAUACUUGGCUGACCACAUGCAGAUGCUGUCCAGAACUGAGGAGGUUGACACCAAGGUGAGGGAUGCCCUGGAGUCGUCAACUCUAAAGGAGAGACAUAAUACCAGAAUCACCUUUGAGGACCAAGAGGAAGACAUGAUAGAAACCUUCCAGUUUGCGGACGUGGACCACAGCUACGUCCCUUCGCGGGCCGAGAUAAAGAAACAGGGCCAGUGGCUGAUCGAGGGGAGGUUCAAGGCGUCCAAGAAGAAGAAGAAGUAGCCCCGCCUGUGCUCUGUUACACUAAUAAACAUCUUUUUCCAGGACUGCCCCAGAGCCGAGAGA